GCGAUCAGAGGCGGCUGUCUCAGAACUGCUUGGCCCUGCCGGGAGGAGGCGCCACUCGCGAUUGCAGGUGCCCGCGCUGGGGCAGCGAUUCAACCUCACUCCGGUUGGCCGAGGAGGAAAAGGAGAAGGAAAGGGCCGGGCCGGGUCCCCGCCCCUCGCGCCCCGGAUGGAUGUGCCUGGCCCGGUGACACGGCGGGCGGCGGCGGCCACAAUGCUCCUGCGCACGGCUCGGGUCCCGCGCGAGUGCUGGUUCGUGCCCACCGCGCUGCUCUGCGCCUACGGCUUCUUCGCCAGCCUCAGGCCGUCCGAGCCCUUCCUGACCCCCUACCUGCUGGGGCCCGACAAGAACCUGACGGAGACGGAGGUCAUCAAUGAAAUAUAUCCAGUAUGGACUUACUCUUACCUGGUGCUGUUGUUUCCUGUGUUCCUUGCCACAGACUUCCUCCGUUAUAAACCUGUUGUUCUGCUGCAGGGACUCAGCCUUAUUGUUACGUGGUUCAUGCUGCUCUAUGCCCAGGGACUGCUGGCCAUUCAGUUCUUGGAAUUCUUCUAUGGCAUCGCCACCGCCACUGAAAUUGCCUAUUACUCCUACAUCUACAGUGUGGUAGACCUGAGCAUGUACCAGAAAGUCACGAGUUACUGUCGAAGUGCCACCUUGGUGGGCUUCACAGUGGGCUCUCUCCUAGGGCAGAUCCUCGUCUCAGUGGCAGGCUGGUCCCUAUUCAGCCUGAAUGUCAUCUCUCUUACCUGUGUUUCUGUGGCUUUCGCUGUGGCCUGGUUUCUGCCUAUGCCACAGAAGAGUCUUUUCUUUCACCACGUUCCUCCCUCCUGCCGGGGAGCAAAUGGCAUCAAGGUACGCAGUGGUGGCAUUGCUACUGAUACCUCAGCUUCUAACCACCUUCCGCAGUGGGAAGACGUUGAAUCAAAAGUCCCUCUAAAUACAGAGGAGCCUCCCAUGGAAGAACAGGAAUCCAAGCCAGACCGUCUCCUCGUGCUGAAGGUCCUGUGGAAUGAUUUCCUGGUGUGCUACUCUUCUCGCCCUCUGCUCUGCUGGUCCGUGUGGUGGGCCCUCUCCACCUGCGGCUAUUUUCAAGUCGUGAACUAUGCACAGGGCCUGUGGGAGCAGGUGAUGCCUUCUCGUCAUGCUGCCAUCUAUAACGGCGGCGUGGAGGCCGUUUCAACCUUACUGGGUGCUGUUGCUGUGUUUGCAGUUGGUUACAUAAAAAUAUCCUGGUCCACUUGGGGAGAAUUGACAUUGUCUCUGUUUUCUCUCCUGAUUGCUGCUGCAGUGUACAUCAUGGACACCGUGGGUAACAUUUGGGUGUGCUACGCAUCCUACGUUGUCUUCAGAAUCAUCUACAUGUUACUCAUCACUAUAGCAACUUUUCAGAUUGCUGCAAACCUCAGCAUGGAGCGCUACGCCCUAGUGUUUGGUGUAAAUACCUUCAUCGCUCUGGCACUGCAGACUCUGCUCACUCUAAUUGUGGUAGAUGCCAGUGGCCUUGGCUUGGAAAUUACCACUCAGUUCUUCAUCUAUGCUGGUUAUUUUGCACUCAUCGCUGUGGUUUUCCUGUCUAAUGGCGCAGUCAAUAUUUUGAAGAAAUACAGAAAGCCGGAAGAUCCAGAAUCAAGUACUCAAGUGAGCACCUCAUAACGCACUGCUAAUGAGCUUCUUAUCACAAGAACUCUGCACAGCAGCUGUGCCUGGAUGUAUUUAAUUUUUUAAAGUGUAGACACAUAUUUAUGAGUGUGCAUUUCAUGGCUUCAAAGCAGCCAAUUGACUAUACCUUGUCCUCCUAGAGUAAUAGAAUACUGUUCAGAAGUGAAGUGUACUUCAUGGAUUAUUUACGAGAGCCAAUAUAAGGAUGACUGUUUUCUGAUUUGAAAGUGAGCUUGCUUUUGAAAACCAAGUAAUCAAGAGCAAUCAAGCAGCACACGGUGAUGUAUACUUGCUAGCAAGUGAGUCUGGUGUUUCAUAGGUCAAGUACUUCUGUAUCAGAUUAGCCAGAUGCUUGGCCUGGUGGGACCAGGGCUUCACAGGGGCCACAGAUGUUACAGGUCAGAACAGAAAUAUGUUCUAACAGCACCUGCCUCUGUUCAACUUAAUUCUUAUUUCUGUGUUAUUCAUGUGCAUUUGUGUUUCUACAGAUGAAAGUUGUUCCUAUCACUGGCAAUAUGUGCUCUGGUUUGGUGUUUUAUAAGGAAUAUGUGUCGUUUCUAAUUUAAGUUAUUUAAAAAAAUUCAUUGUGUAAAUAUUCUCAAUUCCCAUCUUGACAAUUAUGUAUUUGUGUGGAUUUUUCAUUUUUACAUUAUUCAUAUGCUUCCCAGAGAAGCUAAUUUAGUUAAAUAAUAAGGCAAGUUUUGAGGCCUGCUAAAAAUCUAAGUGACCUAAUCAGAAAACUUAAGGCAGGUUUGCUUGU